CCGAGCUGUCAGCACAGAGCCCGACAUGGGGCUCGAACCCACGCACCAUGAGAUCAUGACUUGAGCUGAAGUUAGACACUUACCUGACUGAGCCACCAAGGCGCCCGAUCACCUGACCUUAUAAAUAAUUUUUAAAAAUUUGGAAAUACUGAGGUUUAUUCUUUGUGUCAUAAAGUUCUGUAGAUACUGACAAAUGCUUAAUGUCUUAUAUUCACCACUAUAGUAUCAUAUAAAGUAGUUUCACCACCCUAAAAAAUCCACAGUGCUUUACUUUCAAGUUCAACUGCCCCCCACCCAAACUACUAGCAAUCACUGAUGUGUUUAUUCUCUUUGUAGUUUUACCUUUUCCAAAAUGUCAAUUAGAAUCAUACAGUAGGUAGACUUUUUAAGAUUGGCUUCUUUCACAUACAAUACAUAUUUAAGGUACGUCCCAUGUCUUUUUGUGGCUUGUUAGCUUAUUUCUUUGUAUCAUUGAAUACUAUUCCAUUGCAUGGAUGUAUCACAGUUUAUUUAUCUGUUCAUUUACUGAAGGUCAUUUUGGAUGCUUCCAAUUUUUGUCAGUUGUAAAAGAAGCUGUUAUAAACUUCACAUCUAAAUUCUUGUGUGGACAUAAAUCUUUAAGUCAAUUGGGUAAAAUACCUAAUAGUAUGAUUGCUGGAUCAUAUGGUAAGACUAUGUUUAGUUUUAGACAAACUAUUUUUCAGAGUGGCCGUACCAUUUUGUAUUCCCAUCAGGAAUAAAUGAGAGUUCCUGCUGAAUAGCAUCCUUGCAGCAUUGGGUAUUGUCAGUUUUUUGGAUUUUAGCCAUUGUAAUUGAUGUAAAAUGGUAUCUCAUUGUUUUAAUCUGUAGUCCCUAAAGACAAAUGACGUUGAGCAUUUUAUCAUAUAUUUAUUUGCUAACUGUGUGUCGUCUUUGGUGAGGUGUCUCUUUGUGGAACUUUUGCCCGUUUAAUUGGAUUGUUUGUUUUCUAAUUAUUUAAUUUUAGGAGUUUUUUGGAGAUUUAGAUACAAGUCCUUUAUCAGAUAUGUGUUUUGCAAAUGUUAUCUCCCAGGAUAUGGCUUGUCCUCUUAUUCUUUUAAGUGUCUUUUUCAGAGCAUAUGUUUUUUAAUUUUAAAGUCUAACUUCAUCAGUUUUUUUAAUGGAUCAUGCUAUUGUUAUGAUCAUAACCAAACUCAUAACCAAACCCAAGGAUAUGUAGGUUUUUCUGUAAUGUUUUCUUCAAGAAAUAUUAUAAUAUAUUUUACAUUUAGUUCUUUAUCCUUUUUAAGUACGUUCCUGUGUAAGGUGUAAGGUCCAUAUCUAGGUUCGUAUUUUUGGCAUGGGAUGUCCCAUUUUUGGGAUGUCCAGUUUUCUCAGCACCACUUGUUGAAAAGAUGAGCCUUUCUCCUUUGAAUUGCCUUUGCGCCUUUGUCAAAGAUAAUUUGACUAUUUAUUUGUGUGGGUCUAUUUCCAGGAUCUCUAUUCUUUUUAUUUUUUAUUUUUUUAUUACUGUUUUUAAUGUUUAUUUAUUUUUGAGACAGAUGGAAACAAAGCGUGAGCAGGGGAGGGGCAGAGAGAGAGGGAGACACAGAAUCUCGAACAGGCUCCAGGCUCUGGGCUGUCAGCACAGAACCCGAUGUGGGGCUCAAGCCCAUGAACCAUGAGAUCAUGACCUGAGCUGAAGUCAGAUGCUCAACCGACUGAGCCACCCAGGAGCCCCGCAGGCUCUCUAUUCUUUUGCACUGGUUUAUGUGUCUUUCUUUUUCUUUUUUUUUUUGCCAGUACUACAUUGCUUUAAUUAUUAUAGCUUUAUGAGUCUUAAAAUUAGAGUGAGUUGUCCAAAUUUGUUCUUCUUUUUCAGCGUUAUGUUGGCUAUUCUAGGUCCUCUUCCUUUUUGUAUACACUUUAGAAUUCUGAGUUUCCUGAGUCCUACAAAAAAGCUUGCUGGGAUCUUGAUUGGGAUUGCACUGAAUCCAGAGAUCAAGUUGAGAGGAACUGACAUCUUAACAAUAUGGAGUGUACCUAUCCUUGAAUGUGGAAUAUAUCUUCAUUUAAUUAGGUCUUCUUUAAUUUUUUUCAUUCGUAUUUUGUAGUUUUCCACAUAUGGGUCCAGUAUGUAUUUUGUUAAAUUUAUACCUAAGUAUUUACUCUUUUGAUGUGCUAUCGUAAAUGGUAUUUUUUAAAAUUCCAAAUUCCAGUUGUUCCUUGCUCAUGUAUAGGAAUGCAUUUGAUUUUUGUAUAUUAACCUUGUAUCCAACAUCCUUGCUAUAUUCACUACUCUAUUUUGGGGGGGAUCAGUUUUUGGGGAUUUUCUACAUUGAAAAUCAUGUCAUUGCAAAUAAAGACAGUUGUAGUUCUUCCUUUCCAAAUGGUGUAUUUUUUAUUUCCUUUCUUACUGCAGUUUCAGUACUCUGUUGAAUAGGAGUUGUGAAAGAAGAUAUCCUUUCCUUGAUCCCAAUCUUUGAUUGGAAAGCAUCCAGUUUCUCAUCAUAAUGUAUAUAAUAUUAGCUGUAGGCAUUUUGUAGCUAUUCAUCAAAUUGAAGAAGUUUCUCUUUGCUCAUAACUUGCUGAGGGUUUUUAUCAUAAGUAAGUGUUGAGUUUUGUCACAUGCUUUUUUUUUUUUUUGCAUCCAUCGAUAUGAUUAUAUGAUAAUUCUUUAAUCUGUUAAUGUGAUAUUUUCAGAGGUUGAACCAGCCUUGCAUACCUGGAUAAAUUUCACUUGGUUGUUCUGUUAAUUUUUUUUAUACAUUGUUGGAUUCUACUUGCUAAUAUUUUGUUGAGGAUUUUUAUGUCUGUGUUCAUGAGCAAUAUUGGUGUGUAGUUUUCUUCUUGUAAUGUCUGUAUUUGGUUUUGGUAUUAGAUUAAUACUGGUCUAAUCAAAUGAAUUAGGAAGGAUUCCCUCUGCUUCCUUUUUUCUGAAAGAGAUUGUGGAGAACUGGUAUUAUUUCUUCCUUAAAUAUUUGGUAAAAUUCACCAAUGAAGCCAUCUGGAUCUGGUGAUUUGUGGAAGGUUACUAAUUAUUGAUUCAGUUUCAUUAAUAGAUACAGGGCUGUUUGGGUUAUCUGUUUCUCUUUGUGUGAGGUUUGGUAGCUUGUGUUUUCCAAGGAAAUGGUUUAUUUCAUCUAAAUUAUCAAGUUUGGAGGCAUAGAGUUGUUCAUAUUUCCUCAUUUUCCUUUAAGUUCAUAUUAUCAGUAAUUUUGUUCCCUCUUUCAUUUCUGAUAUGGUAAUUUGUGUUUCUCUCUCUUUUUUUUCUUUUUUCCUUUUUUAGUUUGAGACAGCAUGUGUGAGCAGGGGAGAGGGGCAGAGGGAGAGAGAGAGAAUCUUAAGCUGCCUCCAUGCUCAGCAUGAAGCCUGAUGUAGGGCUCGAUCCCAUGACCCUGGGACCAUGACCUGAGCCAAAAUCAAGAGUCGGAUGCUCAAGCUACUGAGGCACCCAGGCAUAGAGAAUUAAAUUCUGAAUAAGUCUUUAAGUAGGAUGGACAGUUAUUUUAAAGCAGCAGUCAGUGACUUGGACAGACUCCUAGAUGAUUUUGAACAGAAUCCAGAUGAACAAGAUUAUCUCCGAGAUGUGCAAAAUGUAUAUGAUUCUAACCACUGUUCAGUUUCUUCAGAGUUGGCUUCCUCGCUACUACCAAAGGAUCAACAAUGCAUUAAUUGUUGUGCCUCAUCAGAAACAUGCUAUGAAACAAAUCAGAUUUCUCCGAAAAAAACACUUGAGGGACUAACUUCUAUACAAAAUGAAAAAAAUGUAACAGGACUUGAUCUGCUUUCUUCUGUGGAUGGUGGCACUUCAGAUGAAAUCCAGCCUCUGUAUAUGGGACGAUGUAGUAAACCUGUCUGUGAUCUGAUAAGUGACAUGGGUAACUUAGUUCAUGUAACAAAUAGUGAAGAAGAUAUUAAACAAUUAUUGCCAGAUGAUUUUAAGUCUAGUGCAGAUUCUUUGAUUGGAUUGGAUUUAUCUUCAGUGUCAGAAACUCUUCAUGCCUCUUCAACAGACCGUGAUAAUAAUACUGUCAGAGAGGAACAGAAUGAUGUCCACUCUGAAUUACAAAAUAGAGAAAUUAGUGGAGCUGAAGAAUUGGGUAUAAAAGUAGAUACAACACCUUCAGAUUCAUGUAAUUACAGCGGAAAAGAGAAUUUAAAGGAUAAAAAGAUCUCUAAUCAGUUAGAGCCAGUUGUUGAUGGUUUUAACAUGCCAUCUGCUUUGACUCAACAAAGUUCUAAAAUGUUUGAUACCAAAGACAACCUACAACACAAGAACCAGCCAUGUGAAUUACUAAAAGCUGAUAGCUGUUUGGUGGAAGAUCAAGUAGACGUGGCAGUCAUAGCUGCCACAGAAUGUUUAAAAGAAGGCGACUGCACAAGUGCUGUGCCCUGCAGUGUUCCACAAAAUGAAGAUUUAUACUUACAUGACUCAAAUUCAAAAGAUGAAAAUUUCAAAUUACCUGACUUUUCCUUUCAGGAAGAUAGGACUGCUGUAUUUGUAAAACAAUCUGCAAAAGAAGACUCAAGAAAUAUAGGUCUUAAAGAUAAUCAAGAUACAAUCCAAGAUUCCUCUCCAGCUUUACAGGUUUCAGAUGAAGAGAUCUAUUCCUCAUUGACCUGUCUUCCAGUACCUGGGUCUUUGUGUGGAUCAUUAAUUGAAAGUAAAGCACAUGGUGAUUGUUUAUCACAGAAUGAACAUAAAGAUAACACACAAGACCCAGUGACAGUCCAUGAAGAAAUACAGAAGAGUGUUAUUCUGGGUGGGGAACCGUUGAAGGAGACUGAUCAUUUGAAACAGGAAAAAUGUGAAAACGUAAUUGAAAAGGUGGGAGAUAGAAAGGAAGAGUCCAACCAGAUGGUAAUCAGAGUUGAAUCUUUGGAUUACCCUGGUAACACAAAUUCUUCUACAGCUACAGAAUCUCAACUGGAGCUUUCUGGUGCUGAUGCCCCAGAGUUUCCUGAUGGUUGUGAAGGUCUCCCUUUUUUAAGCACUGAUAUCAAUGGGCAAGACUUAGAUUACUUUAAUAUUGAUGAAGGUAUGAAAAGUGGAACACUAAUUAGUGAUGCUGAACUUGAUGCCUUUCUAACUGAACAGUAUCUUCAGACUAGUAACAUAAAAGCCUUUGAAGAAAAUGUGAAUGACUCAAAAUCUGAAAUGAAUCAUAUAGAUGUGAAAGGCCUAGAUGAUGGAAAUGUCAGUAAUACAUAUUUCAAUGCUGAAACAGGAGCUACUGGGGAAAGUCUUGGUAUUAAUAUGAUUUGUGAAACAGUUGAUAAACAAAAUACAACAGCAAAUGGUGGCCUUUCUUUAGGGGAAAAAAGUACAAUUGCAAAUGAACAAGGGUUACCUAACAAUAAAUCUGAGAUUAUGAAUGAAUUAUCAGUCUCUGAUAUUAAUAGUCAGUCUGUUCAUGUUGGAGGGGCUAGACCUAAGCAAUUGUUUAGCAUUCCAUCAAGACCAGGGAGUUCAAAGGAACCAGGUAAACCAGAUGUUCCAAAUAUCCCUGAAAGUGAACCCAGCACAACAAAUAUGAUUGUUCCAACCACUUGUACUACUGAUUCUACAGCUGAUCCUCAGGUUAGCUUCAACUCUAAUUACAUUGAUAUAGAAAGUAAUUUUGAAGGUGGAUCCACUUUUAUAACUGUGGGUGAAGAAUCUCUACCUGUAAACACUUGCAAAGAAGGCCUGGUUUUGGGCCUAAAACAACCUACUUGGGUUCCUGAUUCAGAAGCUCCAAACUGUAUGAACUGCCAGGUCAAAUUUACUUUUACGAAAAGGCGACACCACUGCCGAGCAUGUGGGAAAGUCUUUUGUGGUGUCUGUUGUAAUAGGAAGUGCAAACUGCAGUAUCUAGAAAAGGAAGCAAGAGUAUGUGUAGUCUGCUUUGAGUCUAUAAGUAAAGCUCAGGCAUUCGAAAGGAUGAUGAGUCCAACUGGUUCUAAUCUUAAAUCUAAUCAUUCUGAUGAAUGUGCCAACAUCCAGCCUCUUCAGGAGAGUCAAACAUCCAGUAUACCUUCACCUACAACUUUACCGAUCUCAGCACUUAAACAACCAACUGUUGAAGGAUUAUGCUCCAAAGAACAGAAGAGAGUAUGGUUCGCAGAUGGUAUACUGCCCAAUGGUGAGGUUGCAGAUACAACAAAAUUAUCAUCUGGAAGUAAAAGGUGUCCUGAAGACGUUAGUCCUCUCUUGCCUGAUAUGCCCUUGACAGUAAACACAGUGGAUCAUGCCCAUUCUACUGCAGUGGAGAAAGCAAACAAUGAGAUAGGAGAGAUUACAAGUGACAUAAUUCGGAGUCCUAUUUCUCAGGUUCCAUCUGUGGAAAAACUGCCUAUAAACACAGGAACUGAGGGGUUACCUACUUCUUGUUCUUUUACACUAAAUGAUGAUGUUUUUGCAGAAAUUGAGGGACCACCUACUCCUACUGAUGUCUUAGUUCACAGCAAUUUACCUGUUGCUAGUACUUCGGAUUAUAGGUUACUGUGUGAUAUUGACAAGAAUGUCUGCAAUAAGAUUAGUCUUCUACCUAAUGAUGAGGACAGUUUGCCCCCUCUUAUGGUUGCAUCUGGAGAAAAGGGAUCAGUGCCUGUAAUAGAAGAACACCCAUCUCAUGAGCAAAUCAUUUUGCUUCUUGAAAGCAAAAGUUUUCGUCCUGUUACAUUUGUCUUAAAUGCUAAUCUACUUGUGAAUGUCAAGAUAGUAUUUUAUUCCUCAGACAAAUAUUGGUACUUCUCAACCAAUGGAUUGCAUGGCUUGGGACAGGCAGAAAUAAUUAUUCUAUUAUUAUGUUUGCCAAAUGAAGAUGCUAUUCCGACCGACAUCUUCAAACUAUUUAUCACCAUCUAUAAGGAUGCUCUAAAAGGAAAAUACAUAGAAAACUUGGACAAUAUAACUUUUACUGAGAGUUUUCUCAGUAGCAAGGAUCAUGGAGGAUUUCUGUUUAUUACACCUACUUUUCAGAAACUUGAUGAUCUCCUAUUACCAAGUAAUCCUUUUCUUUGUGGAAUUCUUAUCCAGAAGCUAGAGAUUCCCUGGGCAAAGGUUUUUCCUAUGCGUUUAAUGUUGAGACUGGGUGCAGAAUAUAAAGUAUAUCCUGCUCCUCUAACAAGUAUCAGAGGCCGAAAACCUCUUUUUGGAGAAAUAGGACAUACUAUUAUGAACUUACUUGUUGACUUUCGAAAUUACCAGUAUACCUUGCAUACCAUAGACCAGCUAUUGAUUCAUAUGGAAAUGGGGAAGAGCUGCAUAAAAAUACCUCGGAAAAAAUACAAUGAUGUGAUGAAAGUUAUAAAUUCUUCUAAUGAGCAUGUCAUUAGCAUUGGAGCUAGUUUUAGUACUGAAGCAGAUUCUCACCUAGUCUGUAUACAGAAUGAUGGCAUUUAUCAAACACAGGCCAACAGUGCCACUGGCCAUCCUAGAAAAGUGACAGGUGCAAGUUUUGUGGUAUUCAAUGGAGCUCUCAAAACAUCUUCAGGAUUUCUUGCUAAGUCCAGCAUAGUUGAAGAUGGCUUAAUGGUACAAAUAACACCAGAGACCAUGGAUGGCUUGCGACUAGCUCUACGAGAACAGAAAGACUUUAAAAUUACGUGUGGGAAAGUUGAUGCUGUAGACCUCAGAGAAUAUGUGGAUAUCUGCUGGGUAGAUUCUGAAGAGAAAGGAAACAAAGGUGUUAUUAGUUCGGUGGAUGGAAUAUCAUUACAAGGAUUUCCAAGUGAAAAAAUAAAACUGGAAGCAGAUUUUGAAACUGAUGAGAAGACUGUAAAGUGUACUGAGGUGUUCUACUUUCUAAAGGACCAGGAUUUAUCUAUUUCAGCAACUCUUUAUCAGUUUGCAAAAGAAAUAGCCAUGGCUUGUAGUGCUGCACUGUGUCCUCACCUGAAAACUCUGAAGAGUAAUGGGAUGAAUAAAAUUGGUCUCAGAGUUUCCACUGAUACUGAUAUGGUUGAAUUUCAGGCAGGAUCUGAUGGCCGACUUCUUCCUCAGCAUUAUUUAAAUGAUCUUGAUAGUGCUCUAAUCCCUGUACUCCAUGGUGGGACCUCCAGCUCUACUAGUUUACCAUUAGAAAUAGAAUUAGUAUUUUUCAUUAUAGAAAAUCUUUUUUAGUGAAAGAUAUGAGUAAUAUAUAUUGCAAAGUAAUUUGUUAAAACUAAAUCCACUAAAACUGAAAUGCCACAGACACUAAAAGUAAAGAUUUGCUGUUUGAAACAUGUAAGUUUUGCUUUUUAGGUAGGAAAUGAUCUUUUUAAAUCAUUAGCACAAUAUUUAAAUCUCUAAAAAUUUAAGAGACCCACAGUUUUUGAAGCUCUGACUUAAUACAAGUUCUAUAAAGACAAAGAUUUUUUCUGUCUUUAAUAAAUUUGUAGCAUUUACUGUGUUAUUUAAAUGCAAAGCCAAAGUAUCUGCACUUAUGUAUACCUCUUUAUGCCAAGAAUGAUUUUAAUGAAGGCUCUUUUCAGAUGUAACCUUAUGAGGGAAAUAGCUGUUACAUAUGCCAGUUACAUUGCUGGCUUCUAGAGUCUGUUAAAAAUGAAUUUCAAUGGCACAGUUUCCAGAUCUUAGUCUUAUAAUUCUUUGAAUAAGGCAGAUAACGUAUUUGUAUAAUUGGAGUGGAGACCUACCUCCAUGAUUAGAUAAACUCUGAUUAUUUGGAUCAAAAUCAGAAUUUUGCCUUUUUUCUUCUCAAAUUAUUAUAUAUAUAUAUAUAUAUACACAUAUAUAUAUGUAUAUAUAUA